AUGCGCAUUGAGAAAGAAGCUAGGCUGUCGCGACAACGGCCGGUGUCGUGCCAUUUCUGUCGUUCCAGGAAGUUGCGGUGCAGUCGCCAAUUCCCCUGUCCGAACUGCACCAGUCGCGGUCUGAGCUGCCAACUAUAUGCCUCCUCGCCUUUGCGGGCCAACAACCCUUCUGUUGUUGGCAAUCAACCAGAAGUUGACAAUGAAGAUAUUCUAGCACGCGUGUGCAGACUCGAAGACAUUGUUAUCGGUCAGAGUAAACCGACCGCCGAGAAAACACUUGAGACCGAAUUUCCGCUACAGUCUUCAUCUCGUUUCAGAGGCCAGCGCCCCUACAUACCGAGGCAAGAGCAACCUUCAACAGCUGACGCCGACUGGCUUGAGAAAGCGGUCACUUACCCGACUUCAGCGGAACAGCACUUCCUUCAGGGCCAUGAGAUCGAGUUUAAAACUUGCCCCAUUCAACAAGCUACGAAAUUAAAUAGUGUCAGUGACACUCCAACCUCACGAUGUAUUUGGAUUCCUCUCCAAGAAGAGUCUGAAAAAGUGGUCGACAAGUACCUUUCUGACAUCACGUACUUGCACCAUGUCGUCCAUAGACCUUCAGUCCGAGCACUCGUAAACGAACUUUAUGAUGAUCUCCACCAGAAUAAACCAAUAAAGCUUGGGUACGUCUCCUUGCUCUUGGCAAUACUGGCUAGCACCACGUCUUUUUGGACUGUGCGCGAUAUGGACGAUUCGCCUUUCUCUAGUGUGGAGGAGGCAAAUGAACAGUCUAUGUCAUGGGCGGAGGCAGCUUUCGAGGCACUGGAAUAUUCGCGCCGUAUGGACUGCGAAUCUAUUGAGGACAUUCAAGCCAUGUUAAUUUUGCUGUUUGUGGUCUGCAACCUGGUCGGCAUACGAGCUCAAGCUCGCCAUUUGCUAUUUACUGCCAUCUCGGCUGCACGAGAGCUAUGCUUGCACCGGAUCGAUCAUCAGCAUAAUUCGAAUUUCGCAAACGCUGUUCCUCCUGAUUCAGUUAGGGCGGAAAUAGGGAGGAGAGUAUGGUGGUACCUUGUGUCGACUGAUUGGCAGCUUUCUCAGUUUGCGGGUUCUCACAAAGGAACUUAUACGAUCAAUCCACGACAAAUGAUGACCAACAAACCCCGGAAUGCCAACGAUGAAGACCUGACUGAUGGGAUGGUUGUUGACCAGCCGAUUGAUCAGCCAACCUCCAUGUCCUACUGCCUACAACGAAUACGCCUGGGUGAACUAUGCCGCGAGAUCACUGACAAUGUCCCCUUCACAACAUCCAGCACUGGGGGGCCUGCUUUCGAACAAGUACAAGAAAUUGACAUAAAGCUCCGAGCAGUCGCAAACGAACUCCCGGCUUUCUUUUCUCUGGAUACCGAUCUGAGCGAACUACCCGUGGAUGACUUGCGAAGGUCACCCGAAAUCGUUGCAUUUGCCUUUCCUAUCUCGAACUUCCACCGGCAACGCGAAUUCCUACUCAAGGACUGCGUGCCUGGACGCAGCCCGCAUGGUGAUCCGUGCCGAGGCACAAUUGAGAAAAGAGAGAUUUCCGUUCGUGCUGACUCGGUUAAAGUUUUCCGGUGUCUUGCACUUCGAUCAACGGAAGAUCAGGAGCGUCGUGGCGAGAUUUUCGAUGCAUUUGGCAUUCUUGAAGAAGCCAAGGGCGAUUCACCGUUUGCAAAACAUUUGCUUGACUCAUUUAUGACUAUCCUUCGCCGGAAUAAAGUGUCGCUACCAGAAAUGGAAAACACCAUUACAGGUCGCCCCGGUACCGAACCUUGCGAGUCAGCUUCCAGACCUACCGAUCGCCCGGACAUGCCGAUGGGUUCAAAUUCCAUGGACCUUAACACCGACACUACUCUAAUGGAUUCGUCGCUAACGUUCUUCGGUGACGUUUGGCAAACGUUCGACACGAGCAUCGGCGCGAACACCUUCGAUUGGGACACCUUGUUUUCCGAGCUGGACUCUUCAUUACUGUCGACAUGA